UGUCCCUCGGACACAGUGGAUCAGUGAUCAACGGAAAGAGCCGAAGAUGUCGGCUCGGUCAUGUGAUCAGCUGUGUCAAAUCACAGCUGAUCACAUGGGACAUCUACACUGAUCAUCAGGGCACUGAUGAUCAGUGUGCCCUGAUGAUUUGUGUAGCACCAGCAGUGCCACCUGCCAGUGCCCAUCAGUGCCCCAUCAAUGCCACAUAUUAGUGCCUACCAGUGCACAUCAAUGCCACAUAUCAGUGUCUAUCUGAGCUGCCUUUCAGUGUCACCCCAUCAGUGCCAGUCAGUGCCACCUAUCAGUGCCAGUCAGUUCCGCCUAUCAUUGCCAGUCAGUGCUGCCUAUCAGUGCCCGUCAGUGCUGCCUAUCAGUGCCAGCCAG